AUCACUCUUUUUCUGAGAUCAAAUGACGACGGCUCCGAUGUUAUAUUCCGCCGGAAACUCCCUCUUAUGGAGGAACCGUACACCCAUACCACCGUCUCGACCUCCGCCUUCUUAUAAAUCUCUCGUCUCUCCCUUCUCUUCCAGUUUAGUGUUUAUGAUGAACAGAACCAGAAUUUCCCCUAUUUCUUGCUCAGCUGAAAUCUCCUCGAAUGUUGCCCUCGCGCAGAGCCAGCCUUCCUCUGAUUACAAUCCCUGGUCUGAUUUCGCUCAAAAUGUUUCUGGCGAAUGGGACGGUUUCGGAGCAGAUUUUUCACGGGAAGGGAAACCGAUUGAACUAUCAGUGCCUGAUGAUGCAGCCACUCGUUACUGCAUUGACGAGAGGAGCAUUGGUUCUGCGUUAGCCUAUUCGUAUUCUUUCACUGGCUCCUAUGUUGCUGUGUGGCCUCUGGGGAAGAACAACAGUAACCAGCUAGAGGUUGAGCAUUGUCUCAUCAAUCCAAACGACAAGGUGUCUCGUGUGAGGGUUAUCAACUUAGCAGAGACUGAGGUGUUAUUGGGAUGGUCCCUUCAGGAUGGUGAUCAGCUCGUAGCUCUACCUUUGCCUCUACACCUACCACAGCAGCUUCAGUUGUAACCGGUUCUUGGAGAGUUCUACUAGCUUUCAGUCCUCUGAUUCCAGUGUAUACAACCAUUCAAUGAUUGAUUAGGUGGUUUAUGAUUGUGAGAAUGUUCAGGGUUGUAUUCAACAAGUUACUGGCAAGAAAGUGAUUGGUACUGU